UUUUUGGCGCGUAAAAGAAAACGUCAACUGAAGUGCCAUCUUCCUUCCUCCUUGAAGUCUUCGCUUCAAAUUGCUGCUUUGCCUAAUUCGUAUUCGAACCCGCACGCAAUUCCUCCGCCGUCUUCCUCCUUCUCCCCGCUCUCCACAACCGCCAGGACGGCCGCAGCCACCCUGAGCUAGCUCGAGGUCUCGAAGCUGUGCUGUGCGGGGGCAAGGCGCGAUGGGGUGGGCGGCGCGGUUCCUUACAGCGGUGUCGUUCCUCGCCGCAGGCGUCCUCUUCGCGCCUGACGCGCUCCUCGGCGGCGAAGGCCGGUCCGGUUCCGGCGUCAGGGUGGCGGCGAGGCUGGCCCACAUCCUCUCCUUCGCCACCGCCUGGGGCGCCGGGCUCUGGGUCACCUUCAUCGGCGGCAUCGUCAUGUUCAAGUAUUUGCCGAGGCACCAGUUCGGGAGUCUGCAGGGAAAGAUGUUCCCGGCGUACUUCAUGUUGAUGUCAGUGUGUUCAGCUAUAUCUGUGGCAGCAUUCGCAUACCUCCACCCCUGGAAGACAUCAUCAACCAUCGAGUGUUACCAGCUUGGAUUCCUUAUCGCCGCCCUUGGUUGUAACCUGUCCAACCUUCUGGUCUUCACGCCCAUGACCAUCGAGAUGAUGAUGAAGAGGCACAAGCUGGAGAAGGACCUGGGCAUCGGCAGCGAGGUUGGGUCUUCCAAGAACGAGGAGGUGGCCAAGACGAGCUCCGCCCUGGCGGCGAUGAACAGGAAGUUCGGGAUGAUCCACGGGCUGUCGUCGCUGGCCAACAUCAUGGCCUUCGGCAGCCUGGCCAUGCACUCCUGGUACCUCGCCAGCAGCCUCCACCUCUGAGGAGGCUUCACCAUGCUCUGAACCUUGCUCUUGUUAGCUGCCUAGCUCACAACUCUGAACAUAGCUUAAGCUUCUCUCUCUCUCUCUCUCUCUCUCUCUCUCUCUCUCUCUCUCUCUCUCUCUCUCUCUCUCUAGAGACGAGUAGAAGUUCUUGGUCGUUGCGACAACUUUGGGAUAAGAUGCAGUAUCAUGAUUUGGAAUAAUGUACAGGAUGCACGCAGUUCAACAAAGUGUUUUUGGAAAAUUUCGUUACACUUU